CGCACUCCUUUGCACGCAUGUGUACAAGCGAGCGCAGACACACUCUCUCGUUAUGAAGAAAAGAAAAUAAAGGCAUUUCAAACCUUCGUGGUAUGUGGGACUGACGUAGUGAGUAGGUAAGAAUACCCGCCAGUGACAAAUAGCUCGUGUACAAGGUCUGCGGGGGGCACAAUAUGGUGCAUUCCCACGCAUGCUUAGGCUACAGGCCGACAACGCUUUCAACGUCUCAAGCUUUCCCAUUCACAGCAAGUGCAUGUGAUCACCUUAGUUGCAAGUAUGGCGGUCACAUGACCGGCUCCGAGUCAUGUGACUCACAUGCGAAAUUCCUGUCAUUCCGAGCUGAUGUUGUUGCACCAAUUUCUCCACAUUCUCUCCGCGUCCGCGUGCCGAGGCACAACAUUGAUACGGACCGAGCGUUAAAACCUGUUACUGAUAGCUGUCAAAUUUUGUACCUGUGUUCCUCAUCUCUUCUGGCUCAGAUAUGUUCCAAUUUUAAGUUUUCGCGCGGUACUACAGAGGGCAGCGGUUGGUUCUGCGGACGAAAAGAGGCAGACGACAUCUGAAGCAAUUAGGUUCCGCGGCCGCCUGCAAACGGUUGCUCACAAUGGAGACUCCACUUGACGUUCUGUCAAGAGCAGCGUCUAUGGUGGAGACGACACAGAGAGAAGGCGACUCGCUACUGUCGAGCUCUGUGCUACUGGACAGCUACGAUGCGGUCGGCAAGGAGCUGCCCACCCGCGCGCUGAAGCAGGAGCGACUGAAGGAGCGCCAGGACCUGGUGCAGGCCCUCAGCAUCGACAAAGACCACUCGGCCAAGAUCAACGCCAGGAAGUCGGCCGCUACGCAGACACAGUUCUCCAGCUUUGGAGAUGCUCCACCAUAUCCAGGGCCUCCACCAUCUUACUUUGCACCACGAGGUGAAGGCCACCCAGGAGAUGGGUAUUCUCCAGUGCACCACACAUACUCUGCACCUUUGCUGCCACCACCACCACCUCAUCCAGCCACACUGUCAUCACCAGCACUGUCCCCUGCAAGCCCAGGUCAUUUAGUGGACUUUCCUCAUCCUCAUAUUAGCCCAGACAUACAAAAUGCACCUCUCAAUCUCUCAUUAUCAAGCUGCCCCAGCACAGCAUCCUCAUCACUGACCAGGCAGCAGCCACGACCUUCAGUCAUCACUUGUGCAGCCUCAUCCAUGUCCACAUCCACCAGUGGAAGCAGCAGUCCCCGCAGUUCUCACAAUGGCCAUAUGGUCCUAGGCUCUUCAAGCAGCAGUGAUGACCCAAUAGAUCCAGCUAUUGAAGAACACUUCCGACGGUCAUUAGGCAGAAGUUAUGGAGAAUCUAUAUCCAGAACAUCAAUAACAGCAGCAACUGUUCAGGCCAAUGUUUCUAUCACAGGGUCUGUUGAUGAGCAUUUUGCCAAAUCCUUGGGAGACUCUAAGUGGAAAGCCAUCAAGUCAAAGAAUGAUUCUGUUGAUGACCAUUUUGCCAAAGCUCUUGGAGAAACCACCUGGAGACUCAUUAAGGCUGAAUCAGAAAUUGCAGAAAAUAGUGCUGCUGGAGCCACAAGUUCCUCUAGUGCCACAGCAGCAACUUCGGCACACACAGGCACGUCACUCAGUGCACCUGUUGCUUCAUGAAACCAGUCUACUUCUGACCUCACCUAGUGACAUUGAUGGUAAAUGUGCACAUUAUAACUGUUUGCAGUUUCAACAUGUUAAUGGCUGCCAACACGUCAGCAAGUCUGGGUGAUAAAAUUUCAAGAAGUUUUGGGACCUGUUGUUGUUUCAGUAGGAGAAAGCAGCAGUAACAUUGACUGAUUUGACUGCUGUUCAAACCACUGACCCGGUGCUUGAUGGCAUCAAGCUGUGUCAGCCAGUCAGUGAAAAUUGGCAUGGUUGCUAGUGGUGCCUCUUUAUCUGUGUCAUCUUCAGAAUACAAAAACUGAUGGCAGCAGACUUUGUUAUUUUUUAGAAUGGAAAAUCUUCUCCCUACAUGGCAUUGUCUCAGCACAAAAAGUGUAAAUAUAGAAGAAACUUGAUGGACAUGGUUGCAGCUGCCUAUCUGUGAUGUUAAAGCCAGUGACAGACUGGGUGAGGUGAGGAAGAGAAGCUGGUGACUGGCCCCACCAGCAACUUGCUUUUGUGGCAGCUGCUCUCUUCCUUGUCCUGCUAGUGCCAAGAUAAUGCCAGCAAGUGUACCUUUCCCUCAUAGACAGUGAGAGUUUUUUGACAGAUGAAUGUGAUCUGUUGAUAUUCAUCAUCAUUGCAUUUUACUUGCUCUGCCUUAUGUCAUGCAGAUGUAUUCAUUCUGUUUUAUGCUGACAUGCAUAUACUGUUUACAUUUGAUGGAAUAGUCAACACAGGCUUUAUGGCCCAUGUUUAUGAUUGAUGUUUAAGAGCAGGUAAGCUUUUCUGCUUUCUGCAUUCUGUUUAUGAGACACACAAGAAAAUUUUCAGAACUAUCCUUUACUGCACUUGCACUGUAAAGAUUUGAUAUUCCAUAUGGAUAAAGUGAGCUUAGCUCAGAAAAUGAUUAAAGAAGUUUUUUAGAUUCUAUUUUAAGAUGUUCAGAUUUCAUUAGUAUUUGCACUACCUGCAGAUAUGCUUUUAUGCAAGUAACCUGAAAAUCCUGACUAUCCCGACAAUCUGGAAUAACAGAUGUACAAAUUUAUUUUUAAAUUCAGUACUUUAAUAGGUCAAAUACAACACGCUGAAGGAUGCAAACAGAUUUCAUGGGAGGCUACCACUUGUAUUCCUACCCCCAUAUAUAGUUCUGCUGGCUGUCAGAACAUCACAUCUGUUUUUUAUCACCUGUGUUGACAGUGUCUGCAUAUUUAAAGAAAGAAAACAGCAGCUUUAAAAUUCUGGCUGUUGCUGCUACUCACUUAAUUCAGAUUCAUUGCUUUAUUCUUGUCACAUUUUUUGAACAAUUGAAACAAGAAUUUUCCUAGAAGCUUGUCUGCUUAGUCUGAUACUGAGAUCAAUUUUUAGUUGCAUUCACCACAUUAAAUUGUCUAUUUUGGGGGUUUUCUUCUUUAUUGGGUAAGGAGUGCAAAAUGUCUUUAUAGUUAAUACACAAUUACGUGUAUAUUACAUGCUUUCUAGCUAAUACACAAUGGCAUACAUAAAGAUAAUACACAAUAACAUACAUAAUAACAAGUUUCAUCUGUACAUAAUUAACUGUUGUAAGUCAUCACUAGUAGAAGGCUGCUUGCAAUCAGUUGUUUGUUUUCGGAUUGUUAACAUCUUUAUGAUACAUGAAAAAUAAUUGCAUGACUAAUAUCUAUUCAUAAAUCCAACCAGUGCUUUUUGCAAAAUGGGUUUAUCUUCUUUUUUUAAGACUAGAUAAGACUGACAUAAUAAGCAUGGCAUUGCCAUGAGGUGUUUUUUUUUAAGGCAAAUCCCUGCUACCACUUUAUCCUUUUUGUAUCAGAGUGGAGAGCUUUAACUGUCAUCAAGUCAAAGAAAUGAGAUUUUCUUCUAUUGUGUCCUAAAUGUAUUACACUGUAUAAAAGAUUAUCUCGAUUUAUCAGAUUUCCACUAUAUCUUAAAGUCCAUUUCCUGUUUUGCAGAUUAUAAGGGAAGUGAAAGUGAUAUUCUACAUAAAGACAUGUAGCAUGCAUGUUGUUGAAAGUGGUUUGUACAGUUAAACAUCUCAUUCACUUAUUUGAUUGCAUUACUUCUGUUGGUUAUAUGUCAUUAAAUUGUCUUAUACCAGAUGGCCUGCAAAAAUAAAUAAACCACUUCACCGCCACCACCAUUAUAACCCUAUUCUUCAAUUUGCUUCAAUUCAUACACUUUCUCUCCCUCUCAUUCACUUAUAAAAUACUACACAGAAUCAAUUCCAAACAGCUGGAAAGAAUUACAUCAUUUAUGUGCAGAGUUAAAAGGUUUUUUUUAAUCUGUUGUUUUUGCAAACUGCUCGAAUUGUUUGUUUAUAGCUGUUGAUGCCUUCAUUGUUGUCAUUGAUGAUGCUUGGAAGUCUGUGAUAUAUGACAUGCUAGUGCAGGAGCAGUAGUGUGAUUGAUAGCACCAGCUGCUCAGUGUUUUAAACUCUUUCAUGAAGUAGUAAAUGUAUGUAGCUUUGAUUCAGCUGUAUCCAGGCCAACAUUAUUGCCAUCUGGUCAGCACAUGCAGCCAUGGUUUCUUUGUUCGUUGUUUAAGAGGCUAACAUGAUGUCAAUUCUCACUCAUGGUUUGGAAAACAGAUAAAGCCAUGGAUGUAUCUGAUAGAAACUGAACUACAGAUGCUGCAGCAGAAGGCAUUUAUGCAAACUGUUCAUCCACAACCUGUUGAUGGGAGUCUCAGGACACAUUCAUUGCACCUCAUUUCUUUUCCUUAUUUUUCUCUCAGACUGAUGUUCAGUUAUACAAUAAUUUACAUUAAAAGUUUAGAAACUCACCCAGAAUGUAGAGCACUGAUAAAUUUUGAGGAAAUGAACUGUAAACAAUGCUUAAGAACUUUGGCAAUAAAGAAAACUUUCUUGCAUGCAAGCUGUACAAGUUUCUUGGCCCUAUACAUAUGACCUAUUUUGCAAAGAAUUUAGUGCAAUUGUGAAUUGCAAAUAUAUGUUCCUCUCUGACAUAUCUAAAAUACAACUUUUUAUUGUUGCAUUAUUGUAAUUAUCAAAAUCAUUGAUGUCAUUGUGAUAUGGAAAUUAUCAUUGGCAUCAAUUUGGGACACAAAAUCACGACCAUUGCUUCUUUGGUUUAAAAACGGUUGACCCACUGGGGAAAAAAGUUUCAAUCUACUGAAGUUUCAGAAACUUUUUUUAGUAGUAAAACAGAAAAAAGUGACUGUUCAUAUUCACAUAUAUGCAUAGAUUUUGUAUUUUUGAUGCUCGCUGCUUGCCUGUAUGUUUUGAUUUGUAAAAGAUAUAGAAGCAUAGCCAGCUUCAUGUUGAAGUAAUGAACCAUUAGCAGAAUGUUUAAUGACCAAUUCUUAGGAUCUUGGGGAAGCGAGAUGUCUUAAAUAUCACCACUUACAAAAGUCAUAAUAAAUUUUAGCAGUUUCAGUUUUCCUAUCUUAAUGGAUGGUUGUUUCUGUCAUCUUCUAUCUAUCCCACACUAAUGCAUACUUGGUUAUGUCACCUUCCAUUUAUCUCAUGUUAAUAGACACUUUCAUUUUCCUUUUCAUUCUGCUAAUGGGUACUUGUUAGUCUGACCUUCCAUUUCUGUCAUGAUAAUUUCAUUGACUGCUCAGAAUGGUUUAUUUUGAGAAGAAAUGAGCCAUAACGUUAAAACUAAAAAUUCUUUGGUGGUUCACUUUGCUGAAGUGACAGUUGUAAAAUUGUGUAGUUCGAUGAAUGUGUGCAAGUGUAAUUGUUGAAAAUAAAUAUUAUAUUAAAUACA